AUGGAAAAUCAGACCACCGUUGUAACUUAUUUCAUCUUGAGCUUUUCACAUGACCCACCACUUCAAUAUUUCCUCUUCCUGCUAUUCUUCUUCAUAUAUGCAGUAACAGUUAUAGGAAAUAUUACCAUUAUGAUGGUAAUAAGUGGCAACAGUAACCUCAACAGCCCAAUGUACUUCUUCCUGAGUCAUCUGUCUUUUAUAGAUAUCUGCUUUUCUUCUGUCACAGUGCCUAAGCUACUAGACAAUAUUUUUUCAAACCAGGUAAUUUCAUAUAAUAGCUGCUUCACCCAGAUGUUUUUUAUCUUACUGACAGGAACCACUGAAUGUUUCAUUCUUGCAGCAAUGGCUUAUGACCGAUAUGCUGCCAUCUGCAAGCCCCUGCAUUAUGUAAAAAUCAUGAACAGAGCAUUUUGUAGAUGGCUGGUGUUUGGUGCAUGGGCAAUAGCUUUUGUCUAUGCAAUGGCAAUUACAUUACCUUUAUUAAAGCUCAUAUACUGUGGUCCCAACAUAAUCAACCAUUUCAGCUGUGAACUUCCAUCUUUACUUGCAUUAUCCUGUACUGAUAUUUCCCUGAAUAUUAUUAUGUUCUUAAUUACUGCUAGCCUACUCUUCCUUUUUUCCAUAUCUGUCAUUCUACUUUCUUAUAUAAAUAUCGUGUCUUCGAUCCUGAAGAUCCAUUCAGCGGAAGCUAGAAGAAAAACCUUUUCCACUUGCAGUUCCCAUCUCAUUGUUGUGAUUCUAUUCUAUGGCACUUCGGGUCUUAGGUAUCUGAGGCCCAGCUCCGCCUCAACAAUUAUGGAUGAAUACCUUUCCAUUCAAUACAGCAUUUCAACUCCUUUGUUGAACCCCAUUAUCUACAGUCUAAAAAACAGAGGGGUGAAGGAAGCUAUUAAGAAACUAGUAGGGUACAAGCCAUUGAUCUCUUGA